CUGCAAGACUGUAGUUUAAAAUGUUUUAAACUUCCAUUUAUAUUUUUAUUAUUUACUGAAAAAAAAACUACAAUGUCUGAAGCUGCAGAUUCAAAAGAAUGUAAACUAAAACAUAUGAAAUGUGAAUUGAAUGUAUUAAGCAAAUCAGAUGGAUCUGCGAUAUUAUCUCAAGGUGAAACGGUAACGUUAAUAAGUGUAAAUGGCCCAUUGGAUAUAAAAGUACAAAACCAGAGCAUUGAAAAGUCCUAUUUAGAAGUUUUGUUUUGUACCAAAGGUGGCAGACCUUCAGUACCUGACAGAUAUAAGGAACAUAUAAUCAGACAGACAUGUGAGAGUGCUAUAAUGGGCAGUCUAUACCCUAGAACUGGUAUCACAGUCACCAUACAAGAGUUGGAAGAUUAUGGAGGGCUUCUCUCCUGCGCAAUAAACUGUGCAUGUCUCGCUCUUCUUAAUUCCGGAUUAGCUAUGAGAUAUGUGUUUGCGGCUGUCUCCUGUGCUGUAGAUGAGACAGGCAAUGUAAUACUGGAGCCUAAGUACCAGGAAGUCAUGAAUGCAAAGGCAAUAUUAAACUUUGUCUUUGAUAGUCGGAAUAAGAAUUUGAUUACAGGCUUCUCGGAGGGAAUAUUUAGUGAGGCGGCGUACGAUGAGGCGCUGGAGAUGUCGCGCGCGGCAAGUGACCUUGUGUUCUUAUUCUACAGGGACAUUGUAACUAAAUAUUCCAAUGUUAUAUGA